AUGCGGUGGCCAUGGCUCGUGGCGGCCGCGCUUGGCCUCGCGCUCGCCGACGCUGGACGCUCGGCCUGUGAGGCUCGCAUGCGCGACGCAAUCCAUGCUGACGCCCUAUGCUACGCAAGCGUAGCCACGGCGGCGAGCCGCGAAGCCUGCCAACUUGGCGUUGACAUUGGCGUCACGAUCGGAUGCCUCCACGCCAGGACGUUUGCGCACGAGCCACAGCACUGGCACAUCGGGCACGGCAACGUACAGCGCGCCCAGGAUGCUGCAUGUGUCCAUGCUGCCGCCGACGCGCCUAGGUGCGCAGAAAGCUUCGUCAGCACCGUCGAAGCCGUCUUCCAUGCUCUUGCGCACGAUGACGACGACGAAUCGCCCACGGCGUACGUGCCGAGCGUGGUCGGCAGCGACGCCGGCAUGCUCAUUCGUCUAUCGUUCCGUCUCGCGACCGCUGCGACGCGGUACUUUUAUCUGGAUGCUUCAAUGGCCCCCCAUCGCGCCGACGACGCGAUCGCUCAGUGGUGCAGGGCCAUGGCCGCCGACGACGUCGACUGCAGAGACCUCUUGCUGCGGCAGUACCACGGCUGGACGCAGGCGGGGCCUCUGUAUUGGGAGCCGUCGCCAAGUCUCGUGGCCCACAUCCCGCUCGCGAUCGCCAACCAAACCCUCGCGCUGGCGCUGUACGCGCACGAGCCGUACCGAGACGCCGCGACUGCCUUUUGCUCCGAGCUCUCGGCCAUGGACCACGACUGCGUCUGCGUUGCGAUCGCGCUCUCUGCGAUCGGGCGCGAGAUCGAGAUGUGUCCUGCGCGCUUCUGCUACGUGACGUGGUGCCUUCUCGGCGUCCUCUGCGCCGGCAUCGCCGUCGGCUUGCCGCUCUGGUCGACGAGCAGCCCGCCGAGCGUGACGCUGUCGGCGGCGACGCUGCGCGCCCGCAUGACGGCGGGCGUCUGGGGCGUCUGCACCGAAGUCAACAUUCUCUCGAACGCCACGUCCAUGUCGGCAGCGACGUGCUUUUCCUUUUACCACGCGUCGCGCGGCGGCUUGCUGCUCCCCAACGGUGAGAUGGUCGAGACGCACAUGGACCCGCUCUGCUCGGCGCCGCCGACCGGCGAUGUCGUCGCCACCAUUGCGCGCCGCACGGCCGACCCAACGUUCCCAGUGUUUCUGCGCUCGUCGUGCGGGCAUCUGGGGCGUGCGACGCUCGUUUUUGCCUACUUGGCGCCGAUCGCUGGCGUCCUCGCCUUGCUGGCGCUGGCCUUUCUCUGCUGCUGCGGCACGCGCCGCCCGCGCGUCGACACGGCGUCGCAGUGCUUGGUCGGGCUCGCUUUUCUGAGCGCGCUUCUGACGGUUGUGCUCUGGACCCAGCAGCGCCCGACGGGCAGCUUUUUUGGUCCGUCGUUUUACCUGGCGAUCGCUGCCGCCGUCUGCUUCUUCUUUUCGCUCGUCAGUUGCCGCUUCCACAAGCCGGAAGCGCCGGCGCCGGCGGCCGAAGAGCCGACGACGGACCGCGACACGUACGGCCGCUCCUUGACGCCGCCCACCGACAAGCACGACGAUCGCGCGUAA